AUUCAAUCUCCGAGCUAAACAUUGCCUUGGGAUAUAAAGAUACGGCAUUUUAUUUUGUGCCUAAUACGUGCGGUGCUCGUAAAUUUAAAACUUUUUAGAACAAUAAUCGUGAGCCUUGUUUGAUAGUGCUUAAGGUACAUUUUCGUACAGCGAUUAUUACUUCGUGUAACUACUGCCGUUGAACAUCAAGGAACAUUUUGUGACCUUAUUUUAACAAGAUUAGUGAACUUUUGUUAAGAAAACAAUAUUUUGGUGUUAAACAACCAACAUAGACUUUAAAUUAUAACUUUAAAUCAUAAGUUCCAGCACAUUCGAAAAAUAGACUUGUCCGUUACGUUCAAGUGGACUCGCCCUGUUAGUUCUCGUUGGCACGGUUCUCAUCAACCCAACUCUGCGAUAACGAAACGCCAUUCGCAACUAAGGCCGAACGUUUUGGCCAAUCGGAGCGCACUGCAGCAGAGCAGUGAUUGGUGACUGCGAUAUAGUGAUUUUUGCGUGCAAUAGAAAACAAUUUGCAGUUUGCAAUUACUUCGAUUUGGCGUCAUAACGGUAAAGUUGUUUGUGCAAAGUUAAAAAUUGCCUUUCAAGUGUUUUUAUUGUUCGUAUCGUUUAAAAGCCUAUACGCUAUAAUUAAAAGUGCAAACAGUGUUUUAGAAAAGUGUUUUUGUAUACAAUUACAUUGUGAUAAGCAUAAUUUAUAAGACAAAAUGGGUGAUGCACUGAAAAAACUAGUCGCAGCCAGAGGACAAGCCAAAGGGUUUAUGACCCGUUUAAGGGCUUACAUAAACAACAUAGAUCCAGAUGACAAAGAGGUCAUAGACACGGUGGAAGCUGCUUACUUUGAGAUGGCUGCAUAUCUCAAUUCGCAGUUAAUGCCUAUUGGUGUCGAAUCUACUCUCGCGCGACCUGCGCAAGAGGCCGGUUACGGCGGAUACCAAAGGCUCCCACGCAUUGAGAUCAAAAAAUUCAACGGCGAGAGGACCGGGCUGCGGCACUGGAAACCCUUGCCCAGGCGCAACCCCCAACCAAGAGAAGCAGCUUAGUAGUCGCUGCGACAAGUGAUGGUUCUACCAAACAAUCUACAAAAAGCUUAAAAUAAUUUACUGCGAGACCAACUGCUGGCACAGCCUGGUGGUCCGUACCUCCAUAACACACGUUUUGGCUACAUUGUAGCUGGGAGAGUGAGUGACAGCGAAC